AUGGAGCGUAGACAACAACAGGCUUUAGGAAAUGGACAACAACCCCAACAACUUCCUCCACCCCCACCACCCUUUUUUAUGUUUAAACCUGCAGAGGUGGAAGAGGAAGAGGAGGAAGAUGAAAAUCAACCACCACUCUUUGGACGUUUGGAUGCUAUAGCUGAGGAGGAUAGCGACGAAUUAAGAAGUGCCUCAUCCAGUCGUGCCUCAACUGCUCGUUUCCAUUUAAGGCCUAGUGUUUCCCCCGAAAUUAAAGAGGAACUAAAGAAAGAAGGGGAUAUUGAGGAUAUUGAAGGAAAUAAUCUUCCAAAAAUACCUUUUAAAUUUUUAUUCGAAAGACAACAAAGUGCUGGAGGUUCAAGUCAAAGUUCGGUUGCUAAAGUUGUCGAAUUGGAUAAUUCUGAAGACGAGGAAGACAAAGAAGUUGGUUGUUUAAAGAAGCUUUUUUACAUGAACUUAAGGGGCCUUCAGCUGUCAAACCUCGAUAGAGUGACCCCUCGAUUUAACAAACCUCUCGAAAUAACAGCCUUUUCAUUAGUACCUGUUGAGAUUUCUUUCUAAAAUAACUCUCGAUUUAAUGAACCGCUACAUAUAGUGUUACAGAUUCUGAGAACUCCCAGGAUCACUGGAUCCGAUAUCCGUACCGAAAAUUAUCGGAUAUUCGGACAUUUUUGGAUUUGGGUACCUGGAUCAGCUAAACCUAAAUAUACCUAACAGACCUUCACUUCGAUCCCUUCGAGUGCGUUAUAUCAGGAUUAGAGUGUUUAAAAAU